AUGGAUGCAUCGAACACUCUUGAACUUCAGUUCGAGCAGAUAGGCUUCGACAACCAGAAGGGCUUAUGUUUCUGGACUUCCAGUCUCCUUGAGAAUUUCAUGACAAAGGAAAAGGUUGGGGAGAUUUUACGCGGCGUCAACGGUGGUGAAGUCGAACAGCAUCUUGCCAGCAUCAUGCCGGAGAAGGCAGACACUGGUAAGGAGUGCCUUAAGCUGUUCACAAUUCUCCUUCUGUUCGAUCACACUCAAUGUAUUGGAGAGUUUAUCAAACAGGACCUCUGCGAUACACAUCUACCGCUGUUCAAGGGCAAGGAAGGUCGCCUCACCAUCCCAACGAGCGGGGGAAAGACUGUGCGAGCUUGUUGCAGGAAAUGGCGCUAUCUUGAACACCUUUUCUACAUCUACCAGUGGCGUCUACUCGUCCCUUUCUUUAGCUUCAAUGAGAAAGGUGCGCCGAAACACUAUCCAUUGCAUGUCGACACCAUGCUGCCCUGGGCCCCGCUCGAUGAGGCAGAGGUGUUUGAGAGGAAGGGAGGCUUUGGCACGGUCGAACGACGGAAAAUGCACGACAACUGUCACGGUCUUGGCAUGCGCCUAAGAGCUAUCAAGACUUCCGCUCCUGAAAGCUACACAUACUUCGCAGUCAAGAAACUUGACCAAGUACACUUCAAGCAGGAAAAACUCAUGCUAGAUCGGCUCGUCCGCAAUGGCAUCAAACACAACCAUCUCAUCUCGCUUCUGACGUCAUACGACGUUGACAAGCGCGACUACUAUCUUGUCUUUCCUUGGGCAGAUUGCAACCUUGAAGAGUUCUUCAAGAACGAGUCUCAGAUCACUAAGAACGGCAGCAUUGACGCCGGUGUGAUGCAAUGGUUCUCCCACCAAGUUUUCGGCAUCAUACAAGCGUUGAGUGUUCUACAUGACCCCAAACUCAAUCCCACGCCAGACGCGGGUGAAGAGCCACCGAUAGGAUAUGGGAGGCAUGGAGAUAUCAAGCCAGAAAAUAUCCUAUGCUUCACUCCUCGGGAUGGCUCGAAUGGUGGUAGUAUUGAACGACGCACUCUAGUCAUCAGCGACUUGGGCAUUGGAGAAUUUCAUGGCACCGCGAGCCGAUCCAACUUACCCAAUCAGGGUAUUCCUCACACUCCCGACUAUCGUCCUCCAGAGUGCGAUCUCGACGGAGGUACCGUUUCCAGAUUGUGGGACAUCUGGACCAUUGGCUGUCUCUUCCUCGAGAUGGUCUGCUGGUUGCUCGAGGGGCACGACUCACUGACGGAAUUCGAGAAAAAGCGGUCCUCGUUCUUUUUGUACGGGGACCAAUCUAAAGAUAGGAAAGUGGCGACGUUUUUCGACAUACAGGUGGAGGAAAACUCGGAUCCGCAUUCUGCAGAAUACAUUAUCAUGGUAAAGGACGCAGUCACGAAGCGAAUCAGCGACUUGCACGACUCUGAGUUAUGUACAAAGUAUAUUCACGACCUCCUCAUGCUGAUACAGGUCGACAUGCUUGUCGUCAUGUCGCCGAAGCACACGAGACAGACAUCUCAGAUGCUGUGCAAAAGAAUCUCCAAGAUGCAACAAAAGGCCAAAUGUGACAGGUCUUACCUCACGGCGAAGUGUCCCUGCAAAAAAGCCCAUAUAGGACCUCCGAACAUCCGGGCAAAGCUCAGCAAGAACGCCACUGACACGAUAUCGAAGCUGAAUCUACGACCAAGCUUCGCCACGUAUACACCACGCUCUGCAUCAAGAUCUACUACGCAUGAAACACGCCGGCCAUCAACUCCAGUGCAAGUUUCCAAUGAGCAGCUCAACAAGCUGCAGAGACAUUGACGGGCGACGAAUCGCGAAUGAGUGUGCAAGGAGGUUUCUUUCGCGUCACGAACAAUCGGCAGAGGAGGCGAACGCAGCCGAAAGGGGGUUUUCAAUGAAUGCAAGGUAGUUUCUGAAUGUAUCGAAAGGAAUGUUGUCGUUUUGUAUUAGUGACUUUGUACUUGGUCCGAUGCACCGUGGGAGGCCUUCCAUUUGGGUAAUAGUUCUUCCAACCACUUAAGUCAAGUUACCCUCACGCUAUUCACGUAGUCAACUGAGUCAAUCCACGUGAUAGAGCUAUUUUGGUUAACGAGCCAAUACCUACAUCAC